GCAACUAGGGGCAGUGUUAUUUCCGGUUUCUACUGCCGAGCGGAAAUGGGAGGAGUGGAGGGGGAAAAAUAGUACUCUUUUCCGGUUCGGGACACAGUAGAAGCAGCGACGAGUCGGAUAACCGUCUGUGAGGAUGACGCGGCACGGUAAGAACUGCACCGCCGGGGCCGUCUACACCUACCACGAGAAGAAGAAGGACACAGCGGCCUCAGGCUACGGGACCCAGAACAUCCGACUGAGCCGGGACGCCGUGAAGGACUUUGACUGCUGCUGCCUCUCACUGCAGCCCUGCCAUGAUCCGGUGGUCACCCCAGAUGGCUACCUGUACGAACGGGAGGCGAUCCUGGAGUACAUCCUACACCAGAAGAAAGAGAUUGCCCGGCAGGUGAAGGCCUAUGAGAAGCAGCGAGCAGCCCGGAGGGAAGAGCAGAAACAGCUUCAGCGAGCCGCGGCCCAGGACCAGGUUCGAGGCUUCCUGGAGAAGGAGGCAGCCAUCGUGAGCCGGCCCCUCAACCCCUUCAUGCCCAAAGCUGCCGCCCUACCCAACACCGAUGGUGAGCAGCCCGGGCCCAGUGCGGGUCCCCCAGGCAAGGACAAGAACAAAGCGCUGCCCAGCUUCUGGAUCCCCUCACUGACGCCCGAGGCAAAGGCCACCAAGCUGGAAAAACCAUCCCGCACUGUGACCUGCCCGAUGUCUGGGAAGCCUCUGCGCAUGUCCGACCUGACGCCAGUGCGUUUCACGCAGCUGGACGACUCUGUGGACCGCGUGGGACUCAUCACGCGCAGUGAGCGCUACGUGUGUGCUGUGACCCGAGACAGCCUGAGCAAUGCCACGCCGUGUGCAGUGCUGCGGCCCUCUGGGGCCGUGGUCACCCUGGAGUGCGUGGAGAAACUGAUCCGGAAGGACAUGGUGGACCCCGUGAAUGGGGACACGCUGACGGAGCGCGACAUCAUCGUGCUGCAGCGGGGCGGUACGGGCUUCGCGGGCUCAGGAGUGAAGCUGCAGGCCGAGAUGUCUCGGCCAGUGAUGCAAGCCUGAGCUGUGACCCAAUAAACCUUCCUGUGAAUGAA